AUGUAUAUAAAUUGUCAGCUCUCCAGACACUUUGCCAGUUCUCUCUUCUAGCCUUGCCAGAAGCAACAGAGGACUAAAGAUGAAGAUCUUUUUCUUGUUCACCUUUUCCACUUUUUUUUGGUCUCCUUUUGAACAAGCAGCUGCUUCUGUUCACUAUGACAAGAUUUUAACUCACAGUCGAAUAAGGGCACGCGACCAAGGCCAAAAUGUCUGUGCCCUUCAGCAAGUUAUGGGAACAAAAAAGAAAUACUUCAGUACCUGCAGAAACUGGUACCAGGGAGCCAUCUGCGGAAAGAAAGCAACUGUGUUAUAUGAGUGCUGUCCUGGCUAUAUGAAGAUGGAUGGUAUGAGAGGAUGUCCUGCAGUUGCUCCUAUUGAUCAUGUAUAUGGCACACUUGGUAUUGUGGGAGCUACCUCCACGCAGCACUAUUCUGACAUAUCAAAGCUGAGAGGAGAGAUUGAGGGACGAGGAUCAUUCACUUUCUUUGCACCAAGCAAUGAAGCCUGGGAGCAAUUAAAUUCAGAAAUUCACAGGAAUUUGAUUGAUAAUGUAAAUAUUGAACUGUAUAACGCUCUCCAUCACCACAUGGUAAACAAGCGCAUGUUGACAAAAGAUCUUAAGAAUGGCAUGACUCUGGUGUCUAUGUAUAAUGACCAGAAAUUGCUUAUUAACCAUUAUCCUAAUGGGGUUGUUACUGUUAACUGUGCCAGGGUCAUCUAUGGCAACCAGAUUGCUACCAAUGGUGUUGUUCAUGUCAUCGAUCGUGUCCUGACCGCUGUUGGAAAUACCAUUCAAGAUUUCAUUGAAGUCGAGGAUGAUCUUUCAUCUCUUAGAGCUGCUGCUAUCACAUCAGAUGUCUUGGAUAUUCUUGGAAAGCCUGGUCAUUACACGCUCUUUGCUCCUACUAAUGAAGCUUUUGAGAGACUUCCAAGGGGACUCUUAGAAAGGAUCAUGGGUGACAAGGUAGCUUCUGAAGCUCUCGUGAAGUUCCAUAUUUUAAAUACUCUGCAGUGCUCUGAAGCCAUCACAGGUGGAGCUGCCUAUGAAACCUUGGAAGGAAACACAGUUGAAGUUGGUUGUGAUGGUGAAAGUCUGACUGUGAAUGGAGUGAAGAUGGUGAAGCGCAAAGAUAUUGUGACAAGCAAUGGCGUUAUCCACCUCAUUGAUGAAGUGCUAAUUCCUGAUUCCGCCAAGCAAGUCACUGAGCUUGGGGGUGCCCAGCAGACUACUUUUACAGACCUCAUGAUACAAUUAGGACUGGCAUCUUCUCUAAGACCAGAAGGCCAAUACACUCUCCUGGUACCUCUGAAUGGUGCUUUCUCAGAUGACACCUUAAGGAUGGAUCAACGCCGCCUUAAAACAAUCCUGCAGAAUCACGUUAUAAAUGUGAAAGUUGGGCUCAAUGAACUGUACAAUGGACAAGAGCUGGAGACAAUUGGAGGAAAACUGCUUAGAGUGUUUUUAUAUCGCACAGCUGUAUGUAUUGAAAAUUCAUGCAUGGUCAGAGGAAGUAAAGAAGGAAGGAACGGUUUUAUUCACAUCUUGAGACAGAUCAUCAAUCCAGCAGAAAAGACAUUACAUGAAAUGCUGAGAAAUGAUAAGCGUUUUAGUGUUUUCCUCAGUCUGGUGAAAGCUGCAGAUUUAGAUGAUGUUCUGUCACAGCCUGGAAAAUGGACUCUGUUUGUUCCAACUAACGAUGCCUUUAAAGGUUUGACUGAUGAUGAUAAGGAUAUAUUGAUAAGAGACAAAAAUGCUCUCAGGAAUAUUCUUCUUUACCACUUGACACAAGGAGUUUUCAUUGGAAGUGGCUUUGAGCCUGGUGUGACAAACAUUCUCAAAACCAUCCAAGGAGGGAAACUCUACUUGAAAACAGUGAAUGAUACUCUUCUCAUUAAUGAACUGAAAUCAAGAGAAUCUGAUCUCAUGGCAACCAAUGGUGUCAUUCAUGUUAUUGAUAAACUCCUAUAUCCAGCAGAUCUGCCUGUUGGAAAUGAUCAGUUGCUCACAAUCCUGAAGAAGUUGAUUAAGUACAUUCAAAUUAAGUUUGUUCGUGGCAGUGCCUUCAAAGAGAUUCCACUGACAUUUUACAAAAUUAACAUAAUUGAAAGCAACGUCCAGCCCAUCAUCAGAAAGGAAGACCCAUCUAUUACACAGCUCACUAAAUUAAUUGAAGGGGAACCUGAGUUCAAAAUAGUCAGGGAAGGGGAGACAAUAACUAAAGUGAUUCAUGGAGAACCAAUUAUUAAAACAUACACCAAAAUAAUUGAUGGGCGACCUGUGGAAGUGACAGAGAAAAAAGUAACAGAAGAAAGAAUUAUUCAAGGUCCUGAAAUAAAAUAUACCAGAAUUACUGCAGGUGGUUCAGACAAUGAAGAAAAGUUAAAGAAAUUGCUUGAAGACGAGGUUACCAAGGUGACCAAAUUUAUUGAAGGUGAUGGUCAUUUGCUUGAAGAUGAAGAAAUCAAAAGACUUCUGCAGGGAGCACAUCCAGAAGAAGACCACGUGAGUUGUUUUUAACUUGAGUUAUUUGUUGUUGGUGUUAAUGUGAUCUGUUGAUGUGAAGGGUGAAGGGGGUGGAGGGUGGAGGCAAUAUAACCUUUGGGGUUGAAAAAAUGUCUCAGAGGGUCUUGGAAUUUCUCUAUCAUCCUGUUGUUAAAUGAGGGAAGCUCUUGGGUUUGAAAAAGCUGAAUGGUGUGGAGGUCCAAAAUAAAUCUCUUAAAGGAGCCCAAUACAAUUUAGCCUGGCUUUAUACCAGGAAUUUAUUCUUCAAGUUUAACAAUCUUUUUUUUAAUGAUCUUCAUUCAAAUUUAAGAAGUAGCUUGUUCAAGGUUUCUUUUGUAUUUGUAUGUAUGUUCUUUUCCAAUUCUAAUUCUAACAAUGCAGAAUAAGUUGUUCUGUCAGCCUUUGAACUAAAUUCAUAGGAAAAAAUAUUAUGGUUUGUAGAGAAUGAAGUUAAAUAUGUUUCUACUUCUUAAAUUUUGAAAUCUAUGCUAAAUACUGAAGGUAUACCACAGUGUUUGUAUAACUUCAAUGUUCAGUAGUACAAGGCAUGCAGGGAAGUCGACUACUAAAAACGACAGACAGGUGUGAUCUUCAGCCAUGAGGUUUACCUGAAAGCAUAAUUGUAUGGACACCAUAUAAGUAUGGAAAGCAUACUUUGGAUGGACCCUGUUCUGUCCUUGUCCGGGCAGCACAGAGCUUGAAAUUUUCAAUCACAUUGGUGCAGAUACCCAGUGUUUAGCCUCAGCUGUAAUGAGGUGAAGCCUGUGUCUCAGGGCUAUGCAUUUAUAUACCCUGUACCUCAGGAUGAAAAGACAACUGACUGCAGCUGGUUAAGUGAAGAAGCAAGUACUUUAUGGUUGUAAAGAAGGAAAAAUACCGCAGUAACGUUUCUGUGACAGUAACAGAAGAGUUAUCUCAUGCUUGUGAAAUAUUUUUCCUCCUAAUGAGGAGACAUCUGGUUUAAAAAUGUCUCAAGAUUGGAUGAGAAGGAGGAAGAAGUGUCCAUAGCUUCACUGAGUCAGUAUUUUGGAAAACAGGUGUAUCUGCUAAUGAGGGUCGUACCUAUUCAAUAGCCCUUGCUCUACUUGACCCAUUAAAACAGAAGUGUCUGAAAUCUAAAUGUGGAAUCAUACUGUGGACUCACAAUGCAAUUACACAUCAAGCCCCAAACACAGCUGGAAAUGUGGCCAACAUCUUGUGAUGGUUGAGUUUCAAGCAUAUCACUUAUAAAUAAUUCCUAAAGUAAUGUCUAUACAGCAGACCUGGACAUCCUCUGCCAAAAGCUGAGACUGAGUCCUGGGCUGUACAUUAACCUGAGCUUGUACGUCCCUGACAGUCUCAGAUGGUGUUUGUUGAAUGAAGAGCAUGGGCAAAACGUCCUGGCACCUGCCUACAUCAUGUAACCAUCUGUAGGAGAUCAGUGUAAAUAAUGGAUUAAUGCAUACUGUUAAAAUGUAAAAAUACUUUUGAAACGUUGGUAAGAUUUGAUAGAUGACUGCAUAUGACAGAAAUAUGUGAAUUGUAUUAUGAACACUCAUGUUUCAGGUGAUCAAGUCAACAUGCUAAUGGGACAAAAUUCUUAGCUUACCGAAAUCCUUAAACAAACUUCACAAAUCAGCAAUGGGUUUCCAACAUUUCUGAUGAGUUUUAAUUCAAAGGUUCUUACAAAUAACUUCUGACUACAACAUUUCUAUU